AUGAAGAAGACGCUCAAUCUCAAACAGCUCAAGAGCAAAAAGGACGUUCCUUACGAGGACCCCCACAAGGAGCAUAGACCCUUCCAGGUGCCAACUGCUCCCACCUACUACCCUACCAAGGAGGAGUUCAAGGACCCCUAUGAGUACAUGGCCAAGAUUCGACCGGAGGCGGAACAGUUUGGAAUCAUCAAGAUUGUUCCUCCGGCUUCCUGGAACCCCAAAUGUGUCAUUGACUCUGGUUCCUUCAAGUUCACCGCCAGAACUCAGUCCCUGAACAUGAUUGGAGCUGCCACCCGAGCAGCCCUGGACUACAUGGAGCGACUGGCCAACUUCCACAAGUUGUCAGGCUCGGACAUGCGGGAAAUCCCUUCCACUAGCGCUAAUAAGCUACUCAAUGUCUACCAGCUAAAGAAUGCCGUCACCUCACACCCAGGUGGCUUUGAGGCCAUGCAGCCACAGGACUGGGAGCUGCUGAGCAAGAAACUGGACCUCGAGAUUCUGCCCCACAGCAACGGCCAGUAUCUUAGAUCCUUCUAUCUGGACACCAUUCAACCGUACGAAGGCUUCCUGAAGAAACAGGAGCAGGAGGAUUCUCACAGCCAAGGAGUCAAGAGAGUUAAGAAUGAGAACUUUUCCAUGCGACUAGCCACCCCCUCUCAUUCGCCAGAAACCAGUAGCAAGCCUUCGUUCGAAACACCCACACAGCAAAUCCUUCAAUAUGGAGAAACCGACAACCCACCCACACCCAUGUCGGAAUACCUCAAGGUCCAGAAACCCAGUACAGCCAACAAGGAAGCGCCGCAGACUAUGAGAGCUAAGGGUAAACGAAAACGUGAACCCGAACUCGAAAUCGCCAGUUUACGAAGAUCUUCCCGAAUCAGAGAGGCAUCCGAGGAGGCUGUGACCACUCAGAAACAACCGGUUUUUGACCCCUACGCCCAACAGAGAAAGAAGUUUGUUGCGGAACGUCUGGCAUUGUUGGCAACACAACCCAAAACGCUACUCUCUAUUGAAGAUAUGGAUGUAAAUGGAGAUGAGGAUGACUACUCGGACGCUGAAGGUGAGGAUGAGGAGACCACCCAGAAGACCCCCGAAGAAGGCCCUUCUUUUGUGUGUGAAAAGUGUGUCCAAGUCGAGCCUUUCCACCAACUGGCAGUAUGCCACUCUUGCAUGGAGUCUUACCACAUCGGAUGUCUCGACAAACCUUUGACGGAGGUGCCUGAGAAGUGGUUCUGUGUGCGAUGUGUUGUUGGAGACGGCUCUUUCACAUUUGAGCAGUCAGGCAAGAAGUGGACUCUGAACGAGUUCAAGAAGCGGGCCGACAAGUUCGAACGACAGUUUGCCCUUCAGAUGGGUCUCCCCAAAGAUAUUGCCGACGACCCGCAGGCCUACGAAUCCUGGAUCGAGAACCAUUACUGGCGUCUGGUCAACUCCAUUGACGAAACUGUCACUGUGGAAUACGGUGCCGACAUCCAUGUCGACAAGGUGGGUUCCGGAUUCCCCGUGGCCUCAAACGACCCCUACAAUAAGUACGCUAAGGACCCCUGGAACCUCAACGUGCUGCCGCUCCGAAAGGAGUCUCUUCUGCGACAUGUGCAGAACGAAAUCUCGGGAGUCACUGUGCCAUGGCUGUACGUUGGCAUGAUGUUCUCCACCUUUUGCUGGCACUGCGAAGACCAUUACACAUACUCCGCCAACUACCAACACCUGGGCGCUACGAAAACCUGGUAUGGUAUUCCUGGAGCAGACGCGCUAAAGUUCGAGGCCGCUCUUCGUGCCAACGUUCCUGACCUUAUGGAGAAGCAGCCCAACCUCAUGUUCCAGCUCGUCACCAUGCUGAGUCCCCAGACGCUAAUCAAGUUUGGAGUGCGUGUCUAUGCAUGUGACCAGAAGCCUGGCCAGUUUGUGGUCACUUACCCCCGUGCCUACCACGGUGGCUUCAACCAGGGCUUCAACGUCAACGAGGCGGUCAAUUUUGCUCCUCCCGAUUGGGUCGACUAUGGAACCGAGUCCGUCAAAGUCUACAAGAAGUUCAAGAAGCCCCCUGUCUUCUCCCACGACGAGCUUCUGCUAAAGGUAGCCACCACUAAGCUGGCUCCCGAUACUGCCCAGUGGCUGGCACCUCACAUCAAGGCCAUGGUGGAGGCGGAACAUGCCCGAGUCGAGGCUUUCAGACAAGAGACGCAGCAGAUGGACUCGCCUGUCCAGGAGGUCCGAACAGGAGAUCUUGAAGAAGACGCUUACUGUUGCACGAAGUGCGAGGCUCUAUGCUACCUCUCUCAUAUCGUGGAGAAGACAGAUAAGACAACCGACACUGUCUUCUGUUAUGACCACUGGAGAGACGCCAACCUCGCAAAGAGUAUCUUACGAGUGCGACUUCCUGUUACCGAGGUCGACAGCAUAUACCGUGAUGUGCUUGCCAAGAUCCCUGCCUGA